UUGGAGUUUGACGGGUUGCUAACUUCUUAGAAACUGUCAAACAAAAAAUGUAACGGAAACUCAAAAUACAAAAUUAUUUCAUUGUAGUUCACGAAUUUUCAAAUUUAUACGUAAAAUGCACUUUAUUACUUUAGUCUUUUUGGUUCUCACGGCCGCUUCCGCGGGUCGGGCCUUCAAUGUUCAUUACUUGCAUCAGGGGGAGAAGUUCUCAGCUGGGGUGCAAAGGAUGCCCCCAGAGUUUCAUAUUUUUUGCUACGCGGGCAAGCCCAAGUAUUUGAUACACAUUUGGCAAAGUGUUAUGCUCCAGUUGGAUCAUAAAUCCGGUGAUUAUACUCAAUAUGACGGUCCGUCCCCUGAUGCCGUUAUGGAAGAAUUCAAUGCCAAUAGGUACAGUUGGAAUUUAAAUUUAUUUACAAAUAAGCAGAAGCAAAUGCAUUUGGACCCAUUCAAUGAGAGCUGUAUUGGAAUAGACAGCAGGGAGAGCUACACAGUGACCCUAAAUGUAAUCAGAAUAGAUUACUGGAAAGUGCUUCUUCUACUGGGGGGCAUUUCCCUCUUUCUUACAGCAAACAGACUGAGCAGAAACACCCUGUUUUAUUACAUUUGUGGCAUUUCACUCGGAAUUUGUACUUCGUUCCUGAUUCUCAUUUAUUUAAUUAGCAGACUUUUCCCGAGGAAACCAAUAAUGUACGGAGUGGCUGCGUUUGGAUGGACGGUCGGAAUCUACCUUUUGCAACUUUUGUGGGACAACGUCCGUGUCAUUUUACUAAAUUACAAAUCCUACGUUGUGUGGUACACUCUAAUAACUGGUUUUAUCAGUUUCAUAAUUUGCUACAGAUGGGGCCCCAUAGAGAACGAGAGAAGCCGCAAUUUGAUCCGAUGGGCCCUGCAAGGGGCUGGUCUUAUUGCAAUUUUUUUCAGCACCCAAUUCCAGGAGGCGGCAAUGGGUCAAAUCGUUGCCCUUUUACUCUUCCACAACGUGCCAUCAACGUGGCUUUUAAAACCGAAAACAUACUGGAAAAAACGAUUUCCGCCGAAAAUUAAACCACUAACUAACGACGAGUAUUACGAGCAGGGAGUUAGGGAAACAACGAAAGCGUUGGAGGAUUUGAGGAAAUAUUGCUCAAGUCCUGAGUGUAAGCAGUGGCAAGUUGCUAUGAAAUUGAAAGAUGUCAAAAGAUUUGCGUCGUUUAUGGAAGGCAAUUCGCAUUUGAGUGAUGAGGAAAUUCUAGAGUACGAAACGUCGAUCCACACGACGGAUUUAACGGACGAUGAGAGUGAAUAUACGGAGGAUGAGCAGUGUUUUUAAGACUGACAAUUUCGUUAAUUAUUUAUUUACUUAUUUGCAUUAUUGUAAAAACUGUAAAAUACAAUUAAUUUUUACUUAAA